ACGAGCAACCCAUGCUCAUAGAUAGGCUCACCGCUGCUCAGCCCUUACCCUCCGCGGCCCGUCACGGAGACAAUAUUCACCUGACAGAGGGAAGGGCGUGUGUGUGUGUGUGUGAGAGAGAGAGUGAAGAAUGUUUGUGUACGUGUGAGGAUAACGUGUGCUGGGGGGUGGUAAUGUUCGUGUAUAUGUGUGUGUGAGGAUAAUGUAUGUUGGGGGGUAAUGUUCGUGUAUGUGUAUGUGUGAGGAUAAUGUGUGUGUGUGGGGGGUAAUGUUCCUGCAUGUGCGAGAUGUGUGUGUGUGAGAGAGAGAGAGAGAGAGAGAGAGCAGUGUACCUGUGUAUGAGAGGAUAAUGUUUGUAAUUGUGGGGUGGUGGAAUUGAGGGAUGGUGUGGAGGAGGGGGAAGUGUGUGUGUGUGUGAGAUAAUGGGGGUAAUGUUUGUGACUGUGAGUGGUUUGAUUGUAGUUGUGGGAUUUGUGUAUAUGUACUAGGGCAGUGUGUGUCUGUGCAGGGGCGCGAGGAGAGAUUAUAAACUCCGCUGGGAACAGUCUCAAACAGCAAUACUUCUGCUGGGAGUGGGGGGCACGAAUCUUGUCAUUCGCCCGGAAUUAUCAAGUUUGAGAUAUAAUCGAGCUUCUCGUCGGAACGAUGGAAGCUUAAAACGUUCCCAACAGAGAAAUAGCAGACUUGAAGAUAGAGUCUUCGGUGCGAGAUCUGUAACUUAGCAGGGACUCCUCUACCUCAUCUUGCCCCCGUCCCCCUCUCCUCCCUCCCUCCACAAACACAGAUUUCUCUUUAACCUGCGAGUUUUAGGAUAUCCUCCACCCUUUUCACUGCCUCAAUCACCAAAUUACCGACAGGGAGAGGCACAGGGAGGCCUUUUUGGAAUGGAGCAGCCUGUCAGAAAUAAGAUCUCCAUUGGGAAUUCUUUAAAAAAAAUACAUCUCGGGUGGGACUAUGCAAAUAUAAAAUUAUAGUUUAAACGGGACUGGGGGAUGUGUUACAGUGGAAUAUUGGGCCUUGUUCAAUGAUUUAUUUGAGGAGCGAAUACACUGGUGGACUAUCUGAAGGAAUACGGUUCUCCUCUGAUGUGAGUGGGGCCGCCUCGGGCCCUUAGGAUUUGAUGUGUGGGGCUUGGAGAGAGUAAUUUCCACUCGCACUGUAUAUGUAUUUGGUGUAUGUCUCUCGCGGGGAGCCCUGAAUUUAUAUCGGUGAAUUGAUGUCUGUAUGUUUCUCCGCAUGAGCCCGUUUAUGUCUGCGCUUGUUGUGGCUCUGAUUCUCUGCGUGCUCGUGUUUGUCUCUUCCCGUCUUAUCGCGAGUCUGUGUGUGUAAGUCCACCUGUGUCACUCUGAGUGUAUCCAAGUCCCUGUGUGCGGGCGGCUCUCUCUGAGUCUGUCUAUAGGUGUGUCUGAGUCUCUGUGUAUCUUUGAAUCUGUGUCUCUCUCUGCCUCCCAAAGAUGCCGAGAGGAUUCCUGGUGAAAAGGAGCAGGAAAUCGACCCUGGUCUCUUACCGGAUCCGCUCAGAAGAUGCAGCCGAGCCGCCGCCGGUGCUGGAGACAUUCCCGGUCCCCGCCUCCGGUUCCCCCCGGGGGUUGUCCGGCGGGGGCCCGGCUUGGCCGCCCGACGAGGAUCAUGCGCCCCCGCCGCCGCCGCCGCCGGUGGCGAGCCCGGUGCGGCCGGUGAGCCGGGAGCACGGCCCCCGCUUCCUGAGCCUGGCGUCGCCGGUGGGCGGCGAGUCUUUCCCGAAGCCGGCGGCUCCGUUCGCCGGCGCCUUGGACCGGGCGCUGCUGCUGGGGCCGGCCGACGGGAAGCUGGCCUCGGCGUACGGGUCAGCGCCGGGUCGCCCGGCGGCUCCUCCUCACCACCACAUCACCAACAACAACAGAUGCAGCGGGGGCGGUAGCGCCGGUCAGACCAGGGGCAGCCAGGUCGCGAAAGCGGCCGCCCCGAAGAAAGCCAAAGCCAUUAGGAAACUCAACUUCGAAGAUGAGGUGACAACCUCCCCGGUGCUGGGCUUGAAGAUUAAAGAGGGUCCGGUGGAGGCUAAGCCCAGGUCGGGGGUAUCCGGUGGUGGGUUUGGUGGCGUUGGUGGAGGAGGAGGAGGAGGGAAGCCCCUGGGGGAGUUUAUCUGCCAGCUGUGCAAGGAGGAAUACAUCGACCCGUUCUCCCUGGCCCAGCACAAGUGCUCCCGGAUCGUCAGGGUGGAGUACCGGUGCCCGGAAUGCGACAAGGUCUUCAGCUGCCCCGCCAACCUGGCAUCGCACCGGCGCUGGCACAAACCCCGGGGCCAGACCCCGAGCGCGGCCGGCGGUCACCCCCUCGCCUCCAGUGCCAGCAACACUAAAGGGGACCCCGGUAAACCAAGCCCCGGGGAACCCCCAGCCAAGGAGCUGAGGUCAGAGGCCGGAGACCGAGAUACCCCGAGCCCCGGCUCGGCUCCCUCCGAGUCCGGUUCCGAGGACGGUCUCUACGAGUGUCACCGGUGUGGCAAGAAAUUCCGGCGCCAGGCUUACCUGCGGAAACACCUCGCGGCUCACCCCGGGGACGCCUCGUCCUACCCCCCGUUCCCCGGUAGCGCUGCUGCCGCUGGAGGAGGAGGAGGAGGGGGGGAAGCGCCCGAGAAGAAGCUCCCAGCGCCCGGCCAAGUCUCCAAACCCGGCUCCGAGUACCAGCCGUGCCAACUGUGCGGCGAGAACUUCCCCGGCAAGACCAGCCAAGAGCGCCACCUCCGCCCGCACGCUCCCGAGGUGUUCCCUUGCAAGUACUGCCCGGCCACUUUCUACAGCUCUCCGGGACUCACCAGACACAUUAAUAAGUGCCACCCAUCAGAAAACAGGCAAGUGAUCCUUCUCCAAAUGCCAGUGCGCCCUGCCUGUUAGAAAAGGAAGGGAGGAAGAGGGAGAGACGGGGGUGACAAACCGUGCCUUUCUUAGUUGCUAAUUACCAACAACCAGAGAGGGGGAGAGAGAGAGAGAGAAAAAG